UUCUGCUCUCAGCUGUGAAGUGUACGCAAGAUAACGCCUUUUUGUAUGCUGUUUUCUAGAUCUUUUUGGAGGAAAAAAACUCAAAAAACCGCAUUUCUACUUCUUUACGCGGUUGGCAACACUGCCGGUUUGACGUGAGGGUGCGAAAGAGAGAGCAAGUAUCGUCACUUUCAACACAGGUGAAAGCGAGAUGAGUUUAUUUGGGUUUCGAUUUGUUGUUAUAUAUACACUGUUGCGAAAAGUAAAAAUUCCCUGUGCUGCUAAACUAACAGCCUAAAUGGUAGCUUUUAAUUCUAUUUCUUCAAAUAUCGGUGCGUAGUGCAAACUUGAAGUCUCGCCAAACGAAAAGCAAUCAGCGGCAGGCAGACAGGAAAAUGACCACGGAAGGAAACGCCAUAGUGGAAGGCCUCUCGCACUGUACCCUGUUGGCAAGCGUCGAUGCGUACAACCCCGAUACGCUUGAUCUUUAUCAGGAUCCAGAAGCGAACCGAUAUUGGUUCACUUGUUUCAAUGAUAUGUUAAUCAAGUUUGAGCGGCAGGCGAUGACGAGCCAAUCGACCGAUGGCAGCGCGAAAGCCCGUGCCCAGUCCUUUCGGGAGCACUGUGUGGCAGUAUUCAACCAGCUGCAGCAGGGCAAACGAGAAACGAAGUCAUUGGGUAUCAGAAACCUCCUGGAGGUGAUUGAAAGCGGUCUGCGAAAGUUUGGUUUCGAUGAUCCAUGGAAGGAACAGAAAACGAUCGAAAAUAAAGCAUCCAUCGGCCUUCUAAAGAAUCGGCUGCAACAGCUGGACAGCAUAGCAGGCGCUAGGGAAAAAUGGACGGAGAUUGUGCGUGGUGUAUUAGCUGGUAAUAUGUUCGAUUGGGGCGCUCAGGCUAUUACAAAAAUUUUAGAAACAAAUAAUGGUUUCGGCCUCCAACAGGCCCUGGAUCGAAUACAAAAACGGCCCUGGCUAAUUGAUGAUUUGGAUGGUUGGCUCAACAGGGUUGAGCAUGAACCACCACACCGAUGUGCUACCAUUUUCACUGAUAAUGCUGGUAUAGACUUUGUUUUGGGCAUUGUACCUUUAGUGCGCGAAUUGUUGAAACGCAACACUAAGGUGUUGCUGUGCGCAACGAUUAAUCCAGCGAUCAACGAUAUUACCUACGCCGAGCUGACCAAGGCCAUUGCCGAUUGUUGCAAGGAGUGUGACAUCCUGCAGAACGCCUACAGCGUGGAAAAUCAAUUGUUGCUGUUCGGCAAUGACCAAAUCGGACCAUGUCUUGAUUUUCGAAUGAUUUCAAAAGAUUUGUCGGUUGCAAUCGAACAAAAUAGCGUCGAUUUGUUAAUUAUUGUUGGGAUGGCCCGUGCAUUACACACCAAUCUGUACGCGAAAUUCGUAUGCGAAACAUUUAAACUGGCUGUCGUAAAGAACGAAUGGUUGGCCAAACGGUUAGGCGGAGACACAUUUUCUGUGGUAUGUAAAUAUGAAAGGUAAUAUUACAUGGAUUUGUUACAGUCAACUAAGAACGAAGAAGAAUCGGCAAACUGAGCCAUUCAACCGUAAACUACUGAAAGAACUAAAAUAAAUAUUGAACGCGAGUUUAUUAUAUUUUA